AUGAAAAAAGAAAUUCUUUCAGCUUUAAAAGAUAUUAAUUUAUUAAGAAAAAAUUCUCAAAUGUAUCUAACUGAAGAAUUAAAUAAAGUAGAAAAAGAAAUUGAAUUACAAUUAGAUGAACAAUUAGAGGAAAAUUAUGCAGGACCUUCAAAUACAAAAUUUUCCUCACAUGAUUAUGUACGAAAAAAUGCUGAAGGAAAUCUCAAACUUUAUAAUGCUAGUAUGAAAGAAAUAAUGACACGAUCUUUUAAAAUUAAUACAUAUAAUAUUGGAGAAUUAGUAAAAAUAAAGAUUCCAAAAGAAGAUAGAGGAAAAACUGAUAGAACUCAUUUACCUUGUAAAACACUUAAUUCUAGUGAAAAUGAUAAAGAAGCUAUAAGAUUACAAUCUACUAUACAAAAUGAAUCACAAAUACAUUUGCAAGUUGUUGAAAAUGGUUUUGAAGUAACUUGUAAAUGUCCUAAAACAACUCGUGAUACUUUACGUUAUAUAUGUAAAAAGUUAAACAGAAAAU